CGUCAAAGAGGCCGCACCUCACCCGAGUCCACCAUCGAAGACACCUCAUCUCACAUGCCCUUCGUCCUUGCGUUCGAGUCCGAAGUCAUCGCCGAACAACUCACCAUCAUCGAAAAGGAUGCCCUCGACGAAGUCGAUUGGAAAGAUCUCAUCAGUCUCAACUGGCAACAGAGCCCACCCACCUGCCGCAACUGGGUCGACUACCUCAACCGCGAGACCGCCAACGGCAUUGACAUCGUCAUCGCGCGCUUCAACCUCGUCGUCAAAUGGUGCGUCUCUGAAGUCGUGCUCACCGAACUCCCCUCCGAACGCGCCCGUGCCAUUACCAAGUACAUCCAUAUCGCCAGCCACUGCCACCGCUUGCACAACUACGCUUCUUUGUAUCAAAUCACCCUCGGCCUCCUCUCCUCCGACCUCGCCCGGCUCAAGAAAACCUGGUCCCUCGUCGCCCUGCGCGAGAAGCAAAUGCUCGAACACCUCGAACAGCUCUGCCGGCCGUUACGAAACUUCCAAUCCCUCCGCGCGGAAAUGGAAACCGCCAUGCCGGGGAAUGGAAUCAUCCCCUUCAUCGGCCUGUACACCCACGACUUGAUGUUCAACGCGCUCAAGUCUGCGCGCAUCAACUCUACCGCGCCGGAGAAGGAACCGCUCAUUAAUUUCGAGAGGUAUCAGACCGCGGCGAUGAUUGUGAAGAAUUUGUUGCGACUUACCGAGGCGAGUUCGAGGUAUACUUUCUCGCCGGACACGGAGGCGUUGAGUCGAUGUUUGUGGAUUGCGGCGUUGUCGGACCAGGAGAUUGCGCAGAGGAGUAGGGCGUUGGAG